AUGAUCACGUGCAAAGUAGCGCAAAAAUGAUCACCGAGUUAUCUGCAAUCAAUAUUUCUCAUGAUCAGUUAGUAACGAUAGAAAACGACUUGAUGGAAAGGGAGCUCUUGUACUCCGGCUGUUAAAAGAAAAUUUUCUAAAUCUAGUGCUCACACUGCUACUUAAUCACUAUCAUCUGCACACUUCGAGAGUCACUGCAAGUCCUUGGAGGAUUAUGAACGGCAGUAAGGCAUCCUCCAUGGCUUCUAAGACGUGCUCCAGCUGCAUUUUGAUAGUAGUGCUGGUGCAAAUACUUAUGACAUCAGGGACAAGAGUUGUUGAAGGGGUGAAGGUGACUAUCGAAAACGAAUUGGUGACUCGUGGUCAGAGGCUGGACUUUCAUUGCCGUUCCAAGGAUGGCAAAGACUUCGGUCAUCUCUCCGAGAUGCCCUUCAACAGUUUUUCGUGGACUUUCACCCAGAGCGUCUUUGGGAAUGAUGUGUGGACUUGCACUUUCGACUCGCCAGGCAAGCCUUCCACCACCAUCGAUGUGUUCAAGGGGUUCACCACUCGAGAUCCUCCUUGCAACUGCAACGGUGUGAGCGCUUGCUACUGGCAGGCGUUGGAGGAAGGAUUUUGGUGCAACAGCAAGUUCAUCAGGAAAUGGGGUUAAAUCAACGUGCAAUUUCGAAGAUAAAUGUCGAUGGAUUUGUACAUCCAGAUCAAGCUUACCAUGGUCGAUUCGUUCUGAAUGAAGCUGGCAAUAUAGCUGACACAAACUCAACUUUAGCUACUUUCAAUGGAUUCAAACUGCAUAAAAUAAAAUCAUGUCACUGAGGUGCGAUCUUCGUUCAUACCAGGAUGUUCAAUUUGCUUUGUCAGGUGAGCAGUGAGAUUUCAGAAAAGCGGAAGCUGUAUACACAGCAUUAUCCAACAAAUCAUUUAGGAGAGAUUUCACAAAUGAAAUUGUUGGCAUGUUUGGUGGCAGAGAGGAAGACCAGGUUGUUGAUCCACAGGCAUCAAGACCCAGAGGACUUGAAGGUUAAUAUCAUGAAUGAUACAUCACAUUUAUAAUA